AUGAACUGUUACUGUAGCAGAACCAAGUCUCGGCCCAGCCUCUCGGAAAGAAUCAACAGUAUUGUCACCAAGUACGUCUACCAGCCGCGAUACCGGCCCUUGGAAAAAUGUCCUGGCCCAGCUCGAACAUAUCACAGCCCCCCUCGGAGUAAUUCAAGACCAUGUUCCAUUCCGAAAGAAUUUGUACGGUCAGUUCCUGUCUCCCAUCAAUAUGUCUCUACUCCCUGCAAGAAAUCUUAUCGUCCAUGUUCCUCAUCUUCCUACGAGCUAAUUUCGACUUGUAAAUACUCUCCAAGAACAGAAAGAACAGUCGCAAAUCCACUACCGUACCCAGGACCCAAUUUACGGCGUUAUCGUGUGGCGUUGCACCUUCACGAAAACGUCCACCGCAUCGCUUCGGAACUGGUGCUGAUAGACUUAAACGAGAGUCUUGCGAGGGCAGAGGCCCAAGAUAUCAACCACGCGGGCUCUUUCCUGGGGAACCCAAGGAUCUACGGGACCAAAGAUUACAGUAACGCGAGGGAUGCCGCUGUCUGCGUUAUUGCCGCGGGUGCUAGGCAACAGCCUGAGCAGACACGAGAAGAAUUGCUGAGGAAGAACUUUGAUAUAUUCAGAACCCUUGUUCCCAACGUCUGCAAGUUUGCGCCCAAUUGUGUCCUUGUCGUCGUCUCUAGCCCAGUUGAUGUCCUGUCUUACGUAGCGAUGAAGCUCUCUGGGUUCCCGCCAAGCCGCGUGAUCGGUCUUGGAACUUUGCUGGAUAGCUGCAGGUUCAAGUGUUUAAUCAGUCAAAAACUUGGCAUCGCCCCAAGUUCCGUCCAGGCGAUGAUUAUCGGCGAAAACGGAGCCACAUCUGUCUGGUCGGCGGUGUCUGUCAUGGGAAUUAAAUUGAAGGACAUAAACAAAGAGAUAGGGAGCAAGUUCGACCCUGAGGGCUGGAGUGAACUUCAUAAUAAAGUCGUUAGCAGUACUGACGAUUUAAUAAGGAAAAAAGGUUACUGUUGUUGGGGAGUAGGGCUCUGUGUUGCUGAAAUUGGCUGCAAACAUGGACUCGAGAAGGACUGUUUCAUGUCACUACCCUGCAUAGUCGGCCGCAACGGGGUGCAGUCCUUAAUUCGGCACCAGUACACAGAAGAGGAGCAGAUUCUGACCACGAAAUCCUGCAAGUCGAUCUACGAACUCCAAAAGUCGAUUGUAGACCAAUUAGAAUGA